AUCAAUUGUUCGUUUGCAAGUCACUGGACGCUGAAGAACUGCGAGGAUUGUUGUAUCUUGGAUCGCUUUCAGUUGACUUAUAUUUCUUCUUCUUCAUUAGAAAAAUUACACAUAGAUUGGAAUUGGCCUAUCGAGAAUCAACGGACAGGCUCUGAGAGAGGCCGCUAUCGCGAACGAAGACUCGACAGGACGUUCUCGUAUGCUCCUACUGGCCGAGUGAGGACGCCCGACGCGAACGCAACAUGCCCGUUUGCCAGCAUUUCUUGAAAGGCCGGUGUAAAUAUGGAGACAGAUGCUACAAUGAGCACCCCGGCAAGCAAACAGUAGGCGGGAACAAAUUCGCAGCUCUCUCCGGCGGCGGCGGCGGCGGCGGAGGCGGCGGAGGUGGAGGUCGUGGUGGGCAAAAUCAGCAAAAUGCGCAAUAUGGGAUCACCGCAGCAGAUAUCAAAGCAGACCUGACUCCUGGCAAGGGGCUCCCUGAAUGGAUCUUUUCAUGCUAUGGUCCCGGAAGAGAUGCCCCCAGGCAACUAUUUGGAGGCCCUCAGCGAGAACAGAGCUUCGAAGAACUACGACUCCGUCAUUAUGAACUAGUCGCUCAAGGUAGCCCAAUUGAGGUAGCAGUUUCAGAAGCCCAGGGUCUCCACAAUGAGGCACGAAACCAAAUGGAAAUCGCUCUCAGGGACCUGGAUGGAGCUGUCAGAUAUAUCCUAGAUGGUGCCAAGGAGCAUCCGAAUCGAAUUGACAUUGUGAACAACACGACCGGCACGACUUUCGGCGCUCCGCCUAAGCUAUUUGGAGAGAUCAAGGCACCCCCUGCCACAGGUCCAGCCUUCGGUGAGCCAGCAUUAUUGGGCGAUCAAGCUUACGCAAAACCAUCUAUCGCUCCACCCAUUGGGUUCGGUCAACCUUCGAAUCUUGCACAUGCAACUGGCUUUGGACAACCAAGUGCCUUCAACCAGGGCUCGUCGUUUGGCAAGCCAUCCGCACAAUCGGCUUUUGGGCAACCGUCAUUUGGGCAACCCGCACCUGGGUUUGGCCAGCCUUCCUUCGGUCAGCCUUCAGCUGCAGGAGCCACAGCGUCUCCGUUUAGUAAGGCAUCUGGCGGCUUUGGCGCAUCUGCAUCCACGCCCUCCCCGUUUGCGCAGUUUGCAAAUGCAAAAUCUGGUGGGUCAACAUUUGGUCAACCAUCAGCAUCACCCUUUGGUAGUGGUCAGCCAUCAAACCCAUUUGGCCAAGCAAUUCCCUCCUCUGGAGUCACAAACCAACGACCAGCCGAGCCAGUAUUUGGCCAGUCUGGUUUCGCGCAGCUGGGUCAGCAAGCUUCCGCUGCAAAGCCGGCAGCAGCUUCUGGGUUUGGAGCAGCAUCAACGCCCGCAGCGCCAGGGUUCGGUACACCGGCAGCGCCAGGGUUUGGGGCUCCUGCGGCUCCUGGGUUCGGGGCAGCAUCAACGCCGGCAACUUCGGGGUUCGGGGCAGCAUCAACGCCGGCAACUUCGGGGUUCGGCAUACCGACAACGUCAGCGGCUGCUCCGGCAGCCCCUGCUGCUCCUACUGCGCCAUUGGGACCUGGGCCAGCCCCUGUCAUCAGAACGAGAGACCCAAGCGAGCUCAGCCCCAUCCCACCUCUCAACGGACAGACGAUUCGCGAUCCCAGGACAAGAAAGCUCACCUCUUGGAAGGGUCAACCCGUGGAAUAUAUCAACGACGUACCGUGCUAUCUUCAUCCGCAGGAUCGUAAAAUCUACGUCCGCAUCUUUUUCCCAGAUGGGCCACCUGAUGAAGCUAGUCUAAGGGAUGCUCAGGCCCGGCCCGAGGAGUAUACGGCCGAGAUUACACAACAGUACGAGUACUUCGUGACGAAUGGGUGUUUCGAGAACGGGGUCAUUCCCAGCGUACCGCCAAAGACCGAGUGGGUGAGCUUCGACUUCUAGUGGGACAGGUGACCGAGCGGAAAGGACUUAGUAUCAUGCUUAGCCUUUGUAUUGUAAAUAGCUGCUUACUUAUUAUUCCCAAAGACGAAUGGCGUCCAGGUUGGAUUGGACAGGAUAUUGGCACAGGGUCGAAAUUACAGGCUAAUAGCAUUUGUACGAGCUACAUAUCCGCACAGAACUCAUGAUUAC